CAUGACUUCCAAUCCUCAGCCUCAACCUCGGGGUGGUGCAUCAGUGCAUGAGUACAGCAGAGACUUCCUAGCUUUCUCUGUUCAACAUGGCAUACACUGUGUACCAAUUGAUGAUAGGCUGACUUGUGGAAAGGAAGAACUCAACCGGCAAGCCGACUUCUACGACAUCAUCUCUCGACUGUUCGAGAGACGUCUCUUNCUGCCAACCAACUUGACUCCUGAAUUCGUGCUGGAUUGUGGCAGCGGUGGUGGCAUUGAAUGGGCCGAGGAAGUGAUGGAGAAAUCAGAGCUGGGGCCAGGAUCUUCCAGUUCCGAGGACGACGACUUUGCAUGCCAGGUAAGCCAUAAUAGCGAUAGGUUCGUACUUCAUCCAUCAGCCUGUCUAACCUACUGGCAANNGGUCGUCGCUGUCGACAUCUUCCAUACCGAAGGAUCGUCGCCCGGAGUGGUAAAGAAAACAUGGAACCUCAAUGUCGCCUUUCGUCACGAUCAGGAGGAACUUGCUAGAGACAAGUAUGAUCUUGUCAACUCACGCUUCNNCCUUGCAGACAACAUCGAUGCAAGCAGAUGNGGGGCCUAUGUACAAGACCUCCACGACCGACUCAGAGCUGGCGGCUGGCUCCAAAUGCUCGAAGCACACUUUCACGUUCAAUCGCGUAGCGGAAGACCUCUGGAAUAUCUCUCAAGAUGGUGGAACAUCUAUAGUCAGGCCUUGGAAGGGUAUAACAAAGACCCAAGAGUCGGAACGGAACUGUCAAGGUACAUGACCAACGCCGGAUUCAUAAACAUCUCCAUGGAACCGAAACAGCUGCCCGUUGGAGAAUGGCAUCAAGAUCCUCGUUUGAGAGAGAUAGGCAGAGACAUGAAGCGGAUAGCUUUGCAGACUCUAAGGUCGUUGGGUAUAUGGCACUGUCGUCGGGCCGGUAUGCAAGAAGCCGACUUCGAGGAUCUCAUCGCUGGUUGUGAAAGAGAGAUGUCAGACACGAGUCUACAACUCUACAUGCCAUUGUUCGCAGUUUGGGGGCAGAGGGCCGAGAGGGGUCAAAGCCGGGUCGAGAGAGGCUCUGCAUAUGUUCCCGAUCCUAGCAGACGUCUGCCUCCUCCAGUUGAUUGGGCA